AUGAGAAUCAUUCGAAGCCUGGUUAUGUUCCUAAGUGCAACCUAUGGAAGUGAUGAUUUUGUCAGAAGAUUGAAUGCGAAGAAGGAGAACCACCUUAAAUUUCUGAAAGAGAAGAUAAGCGGGAUUAUUGAAUCCGACGAGUCCGUUACCGAUGGUAACAGGUCCCGCAUUGAUCCCCGAAAAUUUCAAGCUAUUAAUCGUCUUAUGGAUAGUGACCCGAAUAUGUUCACUAAUAAUGAGCUCUCGGAGAUGAUUUAUCAAAUCACCGACACUCGAGAAAGAGAGUGGACUAUCAAAAUGGCUCCCCCGGGAAGAGGGUCGAAAGUGAAGAACAUGCAAUUCAAGGUCCAAAGCAAGCCAAGCUACGUCAAUCCCAAGUGCUCCAAACACUGCAAAAUGAACUUCCGCAUUCAGUUUAGUGGAAAAACGCCCUCUGGAGAGCACUUCAGACGAAGUGAAGUUAUUGAACGAGAGUUGCCCAAGGGAGUUCUUGGCUGCCCCACCGAUCAUUGCCAAGCCUUUACCUCCUUGAACUUCGAAACCGAGGACCCACUCCCCAAGAUCUUCGAUGCUUACGACAGUGCCGUUAAGGAUCACUCGACUGAUUUGAAAAUCAAAAUCAGUCCAUUCGGCGGACGUUUAAAUGUACAUCUACAGGACAUCUGGGUCGUCGUCAACUACGAGUCAAAGGGCCAUCCUAGCAGACACCGUCGAGAUACAGCCAAAUUUCACGACGACAAUAACAGGAACUGCGGCCUUCGUCGUGUUGAAGUUGACUUGGACGAGUGGUAUCCUCAUCUCAAGAACGUUGUCUAUUCGCCCAAAAAAUUUACGUUUACAUUUUGUGAAGGGUCCUGCGAGGCCGAGAAACACUACAUGGCUCGUAAUGGCGAUGACCGAUUUGACAUGUGUUGCCACGCAGUGGAGUCCACCCACUUGGAAAUGAUGCUCUUCGACUCAAGCGUUGACGGUUAUCGCCACGAGAACUCCCCCUCCAUGCUGGCUCAGUCCUGCAAAUGCUUAUGA